CUGCAAAAAAAAAUUGACCGAGGAUUGGACUUCAUAAACCGCUUGGGGGCGCUAGACUUCAACAGCACUGUUUCUUAAAUUUGGUACUCCCGGGAUCCGCCGCAUGCGCUACAUGUGUAGAUGAUGAGCUACUAAUGAAAGGUCAAUCAGACAUCUCACUCACCAUACCAGCAUCUUCAACUGGAAGCACCAACUACAUCAUGGAUUACGACACUGAUAAGAGCAGGAGGCGGCGCAACGUGUGCUCCCGUGUGUGUGAUCGCUACCGAUACAUCAAGUUCUGUCUUCGCAGUCUGACGUACAACUUCUUCACUAACCGUAAUAUGGUACUCGAUACAUGCAUGGAACCUCUGUUUUGGCUUGUCAACCACAUCACAAGAUACAUGGGACCACUGAUGGUCGUGCUGGUCACUAUACUUUCCUCCACUGUAGUCAGCGUCGUCUACAUCUGCAUCUUGCCUCGCUGCCUGGAGACAGAAGCCUACGUCCAGUUCACCUUCCAUCUGAUCUUUGGCCAUUGGCUGCUAGUGAACAUCGCCUUCCACUACUACAAGGGGGUUAGGACGCCCCCUGGCUACCCGCCGCAGAUCGUGCCAGAUACAGGGGUGGCGACGAUUUGCAAGAAGUGUAUCGCCCCAAAGCCUCCUAGAACACACCACUGCAGUAUAUGCAACAAGUGCAUCUUAAGAAUGGACCAUCACUGUCCUUGGAUUAAUAACUGCGUCGGACAUUACAACUACCGCUAUUUUAUAUUAUUCUGUAUCUACAUGUGGACGGGUACUCUGUAUGUUUGCAUCUCAGCGUGGCCGCUCUUCAGUGAAGAAUUCUUUGACGCUCGGAAAACAUUUGACAGUCUUCUAGCAGGGUCUGUGCUCUUCACAAUGCUGCACUCAUAUAAAGUUGCUCAGCAAAACAAGACGGAUCCGUUGAUGGAGCGAAUCUCGGCCCUCACCGACUCGGAGUCUGCCUACCACAAGGCCGUGGUCUUUCAGUUCAUCAUCUGUUUCAGCGUGCUGAUCGCACUGGGCGUCCUGACGGCUUGGCACAUCCGUCUGAUCAGCCGUGGGGAAACCAGCAUAGAGAAACACAUCAACGACUCGGAGAGAGCCAGAUUGAAAAAGGUCAACGUGGUCUACAAGAAUCCCUACAAUUUUGGUGUAAAAGAGAACUGGAGAAUGCUGCUUGGACUUUAUGGUGGCAGAACAUUUUGGCUACACGUCCUUCUGCCUUCCUCUCAUCCCCCGGAGCAUGAUGGGACACGCUGGGAAUCACUUGUAACGCCUGGUUACGUAUCUGCAGCAUUACCAUGACAACUGUACUUGAUA